AUGCACAUCCUCGACUACUACAUGGAUUUCACCGGCAAAAUCAUCAGCACUGGAGACAAGCGCUACUUCGUCGAGAAGCAGCUAAACGAAGUCAUCAAUCCCCAGCUCGCCCAAUGCCACGUCCUCACGCUAGCGUACGACAUGGAGACUUCGAAUCCAGUUAUGAUCAAGAUUCGCUACGACCUAAACCCAGAACCCUUCGACAUCCACGACCCCUCAAGCCACAAAGAAAUAACCGAUGAAGACUUCCUCGAUGAAGUCAAAUGUAUCUGGUACCUUAGCUUGCUUGGUCAUGGACCACGGUAUAUCAAGUAUGUCACUGCCAGCGCCAGUGCGGAGUUCCCGUAUCCUGAGGGGCGGGUUUUUUUUUUGGUUACGGAUAGGGUUCCUGGGGAGAAUGUGGAUGAGAUUCGGGGGGAGUUGUCUGAUGCGCAGGUUGAAAGUAUUGGGGUGCAGCUUGGGUAUAUUCUUGAUAGGGCGCUGGGACAAAUGAACAUCCUUUUGUACGAUCAGGAUCCGAAUUGUCUGCGGUAUGAUAUGCAAAAUGGCAAACUGUACUUCAUCGACCUAUCCUACAUGUGCUUCGGCCAUCCUAAGGAUGCCAACAGCAAAAAGACAGACCAUGUUCAAUAUCUGGCAGGAUGGACUAGUGAAGAUAACCGAGUCUUGUGGGUUCGACGGUAUCCAGGAAUGGGCUGUUAA